UUGAAAUAAUGCUUUGCAAACAAAAGAGGAAAUUAAGAAACAAGAUUUAAGAGAAAGCUAAGAAGACUAGCUAGGAAUUAGUAUAUAUUUCUUGUCUUUCUUUGACCCUACCUACCCUAAUAAGGAGAGUUUAAUUAACAAUAUUUUUAGUUAAGUCUUAUAUAUACUACUGAAUAAAGAAAUAGAUAAUGUGCUAAAGCUAGUGAGAAAGACUUAACAAUGUGAAAGGUCUCUUGGCAAAAGUUUAAAGUGCUAAUAGUAGUGGCUCUUGGCUAAUGGAAUCAUACCUAAUAUGAUUUCUUCAGUAAAAGUUAAGAAUCUGCAGCUAAGUUUAGGGCGAGAGAGGAGAAAGAAGAAACAAGAUGGGGAAUGUGAUUUCCAAUCAGAUCAAGAAAGAGGAGCUUAUGCGUGGGGAUCAUAUUUACACAUGGCGACAUGGCUAUGUAUAUGCACAUCAUGGAAUAUAUGUUAAUGAUGGAAACGUGAUCCAUUUCACCCCGGCAGCUGGUCAGGAGAUAGGAACAGGAACAGUCCUCGAUCGUUACAUCUUUAGCUCAUCUCCCUCUCGUCGCCCUGUAUCCCCAUGUCCAACAUGUGGUGAUCGACCAAGGAGUGAUGGAGUCAUAUCUUCAUGCCUUGAAUGCUUCCUCUCUGGUGGUAAACUAUAUCGUUUUCAAUAUGGUGUAUCACCAGGUUUCUUUCUUGCCCAAGUGAGAGGAACGUGCACCUUUGCUCGUUCUGAUUCUCAUGAGGAUGUCAUCCUCCGCGCUGAAAUUCUUCUUGGUAACGGUUUUGGAAACUACAACCUUUUCAAGAACAACUGCGAGGAUUUUGCAAUCUACUGCAAGACGGGUUAUCUGCUCCUGAGAAAUGUGGGGAUAGGGCGCAGUGGUCAGGCAGCGUCAUUGGCUGCAGCAGCUAGCGCGUUGGCUUCAUCACCAGUUCGCCUUAUGCCUACGAGUGGUCUUGCAGUCGUUGGUUGGGGAUUUUACUGUGCUAACCAAUUUUUUUCUGAUAUUGGAGUCCGCAGGGACGUGAUGAAAAUACCUGCAGAGAGGCUUGUUUCCCGUGAUCGUCUUAUAAGUGUUUGAACCUGCAUUACUCAAAAUGGCUUCUUGGGACCAAAUCUUGAACUUAAUUAUACCUCACUAUUCUUAUCAUUCGUGAGAUACAACUUAUUGUCAAAUGCCUUGUUAUGAUUCUUUCCUUUCAAUUUGCAUCUAUGUUGAAAGAACUUAUCGUGCAUCGUUUUCUGCAGGCGUGUAUCAUUUGGUAAAAAAACACUAGUCUACGCUUUAGAAAAUAGCCCUUAUGAUGUCCUCA